ACCUUUAGGCUACUUUCAACCUUAAAACCUGCCGUCCGCAUACAUGAGCUCUUUGCACAAGAGCACCACCGACCUCUAUAAAACAAUGUAGCUUUUUUAGUCAUUUAUGCCAUUUGUUGUUUUCUAAAUAGCCUUUUCAUUUCAAAACGCUUAUUUUUUUAUUUCUCAUGUUACUGCUGUCAGUCAUAUUUUUUACUUUUAUGAAUCCAUAUACAGCAAACUAAUUAACCAGUGAAAUAGGGAUUUACCUCUACGGAAAACAGAUUCAGCACUUGGACGCAUGCUGCCCAGGGAAACAUUAUGUUACCUAUUUUAACAUUUUAACUUUUGUAUAUAGUUCAUUGCUGGUUUAAGGCACAUUUUGGUUCCUGUUUUGCGGAUCUGUUUCGAGGUGGAGAAUGCAGACCUUAGUAAUCGCUGCGGCUUUGCUUUCUAUUGAGAACUUCAUUGGCGCCGAGCCCAGGACCAGCUGCCCGUCCCGGUGCGACGUGAGCCGGUGCCCGAGCCCCAGCUGUCCGAGCGGCUACGUCCCGGACCGCUGCAACUGCUGCCUGGUGUGCGCCAGCGCGGAGGGCGACCCCUGCGGGCGGAAGGAGGACCUGCCGUGCGGGGACGGGCUGGAGUGCAGGCACCCGGCCGGCAAGCGGCUCUCGAAGGGCGUCUGCCAGUGCAAAAUGGGCCACAAGGUGUGUGGCAGCGACGGCAAGACGUACGGCAACGUGUGCCAGCUAAAGGCUGUUAGCAGGAAGGCUCUGCAGCGGGGAUUGCCCGCUGUCUCCCAGGCACAUAAAGGAUCGUGUGAAAAAGGCUCCGGCACAGGUCGUUCACAUCCAAACAGCCCGAGGUACAAGUUCAACUUCAUUGCCGACGUGGUGGAGAAGAUCACCCCAGCUGUGGUGCACAUAGAGCUCUUCCUCAGGCACCCUCUUUUUGGCCGGAACGUGCCCCUGUCCAGCGGCUCGGGGUUCAUCAUGUCGGAGGCGGGGCUUAUCGUGACCAACGCCCACGUGGUCUCCAGCACCAAGUCCCUGUCGGGCCGGCAGCAGCUCAAGGUGCGGCUGCACGACGGCGACACCUACGAGGCCGCCAUCCGGGACAUCGACAAGAAGUCCGACAUCGCCACCAUCAAGGUCAACCCCCAGAAAAAGCUGCCGGUCUUGCGGCUGGGCCACUCGGCCGACCUGCGACCCGGGGAGUUCGUGGUGGCCAUCGGAAGCCCCUUCGCCCUGCAGAACACAGUCACCACCGGCAUAGUCAGCACCGCACAGCGGGACGGCAAGGAGCUGGGCCUCCGCGACUCGGACAUGGACUACGUCCAGACAGACGCCAUCAUCAAUUACGGGAAUUCUGGAGGUCCGCUGGUUAACUUGGAUGGAGAAGUAAUCGGAAUCAAUACCCUGAAGGUGACAGCAGGAAUAUCUUUUGCAAUUCCCUCGGACAGGAUCAAACUGUUCCUCAACGAAUCUCUGGAGAGACACAGUAAAGUCAAACAAAGACUAUUAAGGAGACUUUACAGCUUCCCAAAGCUUCAGUCAUUGGUCUCUGAUGCAGAGAUGAAGGGCUUGAAGAAGCGUUUUAUUGGAAUCCGAAUGCUCACUAUCACUCCGGGCUUGGUGGAGGACCUGAAAAAGCAGAACGUGGACUUCCCAGGCAUCAGUAGUGGCAUCUACGUCCACGAGGUUCUGCCCAACUCCCCGGCUCAGAAGGGCGGGAUCAAGGACGGCGACGUCAUCGUCAAGCUGAACGGCCGCGCCCUGACCAGCACCGGCGAGCUGCAGGAGGCCCUGGCGGAGGAGACCGCGUUGCUACUGGAGGUGCGUCGCGGCAACGACGACCUGCUGUUCAACAUCCAGCCUGACAUGAUCAUGCAGUGAGCUUCGAAGGCCCCUCCCCCCAUGCACCACAGGACUCCGGCGCUUGGACGGUUUUGCCACGAACGAGGACUUGCCAGCCGCCCCACAUGGGCAGGCCACCACAGGGGAGGGUCACAGUGCGACAAUCAAAGCCACACCCCAGUUAGUCCUCUAGACUGACUCUGACUGGCUCACGGUGAGAGUCACAUUGCACAAAUAUAUCACAUACUUCAAGAAGCGGCUCGUAGACACUUACACAGUAGUAUGACUGUAUCUGUCACAAUGAAGUCAUUUAUAUUGAAGGAAUCUGCUGAAUACCGUGUACAUAGUGAGUAAAUCCCAAUGACGUUGGUUCUGGGAACCUAAGCUUCUUUCUGUCAAAGGCAGCCCAAGAUGUGAAAUCAUGUGCUGCCAGUCAGCUUCUGAUGUUUCAGAAGCGACCCGCGGUGCUGUCACGGGUUCGGUUCCGGGGGGCAGCUGGCGGCGCCGUCUGCGGACCUGCAGUGCCACCGUGUCCCUAAGCGGCACCUCAUCAGCGGCAAAUACAGGUUUACAGUGUCAGACCUGCCUUUGCAACCAAAGUUAUGUGAGGGAGAAUUUAAAUGUUUCUCUUUUCUUGUUUAUCUAUGAAUAAAGUGUAUAUAACAGCUGCUGAAUGGCCUGCGUGUAAAACUAUUGUGUCUUAAGAUCUUAACCUGCUUUGUUCCAUUUUUAGAUUGGAAACCCCCCACAGUUAAAGUAAAUCAAACCCAAAAGUU